AUUAUUUCAUGGGAAACCAUGAGGAAGCAGACCGUUGUUCUUCGUUUGAGCUAGAUUUCUGGGCAAGUAAUGGUGAUUAAAUACCUUGUGGUUUCGGAAUUGGAAAAGAGAUUUAGGACUGGAUCUGCAAUAAGUCUCUGACAUUGUGAUUAGAGGAAAAAUGGAGAGUGGGAGGAAAGAAACGUAUAAUGCAUAAGAUGAACGUGCGACGCCUGGGGACACGAUAGAUAUGUUCUCUUGAAGAAACGACUGAUGAGUUAGCCGAUCGAUGCCAGAAACUAUACAGAGGGUGCAAGAAAUUUAUGGCAGCUUUAGGAGAAGCUUAUAAUGGAGACAUUGCCUUUGCUGAUGCAUUAGAAGUAUUUGGUGGGGGGCAGGAUGAUCCUGUUAGUGUAUCAAUUGGAGGACCUGUCAUAUCUAAAUUUAUUGGUGCACUUCGUGAACUUGCAUCUUUUAAAGAGCUUCUCCGGUCACAGGUGGAGCAUGUGUUGAUCGACCGGUUGGCGCAGUUUAUGAAUGUUGAUUUACGAGAUGCAAAGGAUUCUCGUGCUCGUUUUGACAAAGCUGUUCAUUCAUAUGAUCAGGCACGAGAAAAAUUUGUGUCUUUGAAGAAGAAUACACGGGAAGACAUUGUUGCUGGAGUAGAAGAGGGUCUUCUGAAUUCAAAGUCAGCUUUUGAGAAAAGUCGCUUUAAUCUAGUAAACUCACUCAUGAACAUUGAAGUGAAAAAGAAGUAUGAGUUCUUGGAGUCCUUUAGUGCAAUAAUGGAUGCCCAUCUUAGAUACUUCAAGCUGGGUUAUGACUUACUGAGCCAAAUGGAACCUUAUAUUCACCAGGUACUAACAUAUGCACAACAAUCUAAAGAGCUGGCUAAUGUUGAACAAGAUAAGCUUGCAAAACGAAUUCAGGAAUAUAGAACACAAGCUGAGCUGGACAACACACGAGCUUCUAGUAAUGCUGAUACUUUAUUUGGUGCUGACGGCAGCCGUGUUGUUGGGUUGAACUCAUACAAGAGCUCUGAAGUAGGGAUCCAGUCUGUGCCCCAAGGUGAGUGUCAAACAGUUAAGCAAGGCUAUCUGCUAAAACGAUCCUCAAGAUUGCGUGGAGAUUGGAAGCGGAGGUUUUUUGUGCUUGACAACCAAGGGAGUUUAUAUUACUAUAGAGCGAAGGGAGCCAAGGCUAUGGGCUCUCAAUCAUAUAAUUAUACUAGAUCAACUGAACAAAACAGUGGCAUGUUUGGGAGAUUCCGCUCUAGGCACAACAGGGCAGCAUCUCUUAAUGAGGAAAUUCUAAGUUGCCGUGGGGUUGAUCUGUGCACAUCAACUAUAAAGAUGGAUGCAGAUGAUUCAGAUCUUCGACUUUGCUUUCGCAUAAUUUCCCCAUCCAAAACAUACACACUGCAGGCUGAAAAUGAAGCUGAUAGGAUGGACUGGGUAAAUAAAAUUACUGGAGCUAUUACAUCACUGUUCAACUCUCAGUUUCUUCAACAGCCUAAUCGGGUUGGAUUGCAUCAAGAAAAUGAGAAAUCAGCCAUCAGUGCUUCAUGCAAUAGUCAAUUGCAGCAUAGCCAUGGAUCUUUGACUGAAGACAUAUAUUCCAAUGAAGUGGAGAGUGUGUCUAAAAUUUUGUGGGGCAUUCCUGGAAAUAAUAGGUGUGCCGAGUGUUGUGCAACUGAACCGGACUGGGCAUCUCUUAACCUGGGAAUAUUGCUGUGUAUUGAAUGCUCUGGUGUUCAUCGAAAUCUUGGAGUUCACAUAUCAAAGGUGAGAUCCAUAACAUUAGACGUCAAGGUUUGGGAACCUACUGUUCUGGACUUAUUCCGGAACUUGGGUAAUGCAUAUUGUAAUUCCAUAUGGGAGGGAUUGCUACAUGACAAUGAAAGGAAAAAUGAGUCAAAUGCACCAAUUAAACCAUGCCCCACAGACGCCUUCCAAGAGAAGGAAAAGUACAUCCAUGCGAAGUACGUGGAGAAGUCACUAAUCCAUAAAGAGACUGUACCCGGGAGCCCUUCUUUUGCCCUAAGAAUCUGGCAAGCAGUUCAGGCUUUGAACAUACGAGAAGUGUAUCGCCUCAUUGUCACUUCAGAUGAAACUCUGGUAAACACCAAAUAUGAUGAUAUCGUUCACCAUGCUGAGGCAGAAAAUUUGGAUUUAAGAUGUAGCGCAACUGAAAGCCAAGAUCCUGAUAAUCAUGUGAGCUGUCUCCAAGGUUGUUCACUGUUGCAUCUGGCAUGUCAUUCUGACAGUGACCUAAUGGUUGAGUUGUUGCUUCAAUUUGGUGCCGAUGUAAAUGUGCGUGACUCCCAUGGAAAGACUCCCUUGCACCAUUGCAUUUCUAGAGGGAAAAAUCCUUUGGCAAAGCUUCUACUUCGACUUCGAAGGGGUGCAAGACCUUCCAUUAAAGAUGGUGAUGGGUUCACUGCACUUGAAAGAGCAAUGGAGAUGGGAGCAAUAACUGAUGAAGAGCUAUUUAUUUUGCUAGCCGAAUCCGCUUAAAAAUGGAAAUGGUGCAUCCUUGCGUUGGACCGCUGGAUUCGUAUAUCAAGAAAAGCAAAUCUCUUGACCUCGGACGCCUUGAGUGAACCUGAUUUAGGCUGUGUCUUUUCGUUUAUAUAUAGCUGUUUAAACUUGUAAAUCACAUGCUGCUUUAGGCUUAUUCUUAUUAUCGAUCUGCAACUCAAGGGUAUUGGUUGAUACUUAGGUUUGUUUAUGUUGUGAUACCUGAAAUUGUAAGAAAAAUUGUAACCUGUAUCGCAUAUUCUUUUAUGGUGAACUGUGAUACUUUCUUUUUGGGACCAGAAGUGAACUGUAAUACUUAGUGCAUAUAUCUUUACGUUCGCCAGUUGCAGACCAUGUUUGAUUCGACGCCGUUCUGAUAGGCCGAGAAAAAUUUUCAACGUA